AUGACGAAGGUCAAUGUCAACCACUCUGACGACAACGGAUACUAUUUACCCCAUCAUAACGUGAUCAAAGCAUCGAGUCAUACCACCAAACUCCGUGUAGUUUUCGACGGAUCGGCACCAAGCACUACCGAAAUCUCCCUAAACGAUACACUUCACACAGGACCAAAGUUACAGGAAGAUUUAUUUUGCAUACUAAUUAGAUUCCGCUCUCAUCAAUAUGUACUCACUGGCGAUAUCGAAAAAAUGUAUUGGCAAUUCCUCGUACUACCAGAGGAUCGGAAAUAUCAAAAGAUAUUAUGGCGCGGCUCGAGUGGAGAAACAGAAACAUAUCAGCUUAACACUGCAACGUUCGGUUUAUCCGCAGCGCCGUAUCUAGCCAUUCGGUGCCUCAAGCAACUGGCAGAGGACGAAGGACAUCGAUUUCCACGUGCAGCGCAGGUGUUUUCGUCUCAUUACGGAGGAAAGCUCGGUGUGGGUGCGCCCUUUUUAAUUAACAACGCGGAUUCGCUGUUCGCACCUUCCGUUAGGAAAAGUGAGGGUAACGAUCCACGAUGCCAAUUGGUUAUAAGUCAUGAAAAUAGGAGGAGAAAGCCAUCUUCCAGCGCGGCUAGGUACGGACUGAAGACCUGCAUACAUCCUGCCUCUAAUGUGAAGCGACGUUACACUCUCACCGGAGCUGUGACGAGGGACGAAGCACUCACGCUUAGAACAGAACUCACCAAUUUACUUCAACUGGCCGGCUUAAACAUACGAAAAUGGGCAUCAAACGACAACAACUUAUUACACGGACUUUCCAUAGAAGAAACAAAUCAUCAACACUUUUUGGGCGGUUCGCAAACCUUGAAGAUGCUGGGGGUGUUUUGGAAUUCAUCCGACCACUCCAUUCUUUACUCGGUUGAAGUCAAACCCACGCCCUCCCGAGUCACGAAACGAAUCAUCAGCUCGGAGAUCGCAAAAAUCUACGAUUCGCUCGUUCCGAUCGAGUUACAUACAGAAUGGGACAGGUACUACGCCCAAUUACCCUUAUUAAACAACAUCAGGUUCCAACGCAAGGCAAUAAUGAAGUCGGCAACGGAAAUUGAAUUGCAUGGUUUCUGGGAUGCUAGCGAAAAGGCUUACGGAGCCUGUGUUUAUCUCCGAACCCUUAACACUAACGGCCGUGUUUGGACCCAACUUUUAAUCGCAAAAUCGAAAGUCGCCCCACUCAAGUACCAGACCAUUCCUUGGCUCGAGCUGAGCGCAGCACUCCUUCUUACGUCCCUGAUGUCGACAGUACAACGCCCUAUCGCACAAAAUUACUCAAACUAUCUAUUGGAUCGAUUCCACUAUCGUCCUCCAUUGGCUCAAUACAUCACCUCACACUCUUAA